AUGUGGGCGCUGUGGCGGGCGCUCGGCCCCGCGCGGCGCGGGGCGGGCAGGGCCAUGGCGGACACCGGCGCCGCGGCCUCCUCGGCGGCGCGGCCCGCGCGGCGGCCCCGGGACGUGCCGCGCCACGUGUGGGCCCGCGAGCGGCGGCGGAGCGCGGGCACGGGCCUGGCCGGGCCUAACACCGUCUACGUGCAGGUGGUGGCGGCCGGGAGCCGCGAUGCCGGAGCCGCCGUUUACGUGUUCUCCGAGUUCAACCGGUACCUCUUCAACUGCGGCGAGGGCACGCAGCGGGCCAUGCAGGAGCACAAGCUGAAGAUCUCGCACCUGGACAGCAUCUUCCUGAGCCGGGUGGCCUGGGCCAACGUCGGGGGGCUGCCAGGUAUGAUUCUCACAUUAAAGGCUAUGGGGCUUCAAAGAUGCGUUUUCCUAGGGCCACCAAAGCUGCAAAACUAUUUGAAAGCGAUUCGGCAAUUCCCUGGGCCCCUAAAAAGAAUGGAUUUAGCCGUGCAGCUGCACACAGAGCCUGAGUAUAAGGAUGAGACGAUGACAGUCCACCAGAUACCUCUUGCAGGAAAGCCACAAGCUGCUGAAAGUAUGUUGCCUCAGAGUCCUGGAGCAUCAACCCAAGGUGGAAAUAGCCCUAAAGGAGAUGCAGGUCCUGGAUCCCCAAGAGCUGCACAGCAAAGCUUGGAGAAAGGCAAGGAAGAAGAAAGCCCAAAGGAAAGAGGUGCUGAACAGAAGUGUGCAGGCAGGCACCCUGACCUGGUCAUGGCUUUCCUUUGUAAAAUUCACCCCAGGAAGGGAAAAUUCCUGGCAGCUAAAGCACAGGAGAUGGGCCUGCCAGUGGGAACUCCAGCCAUUUUUCCCAUAAUCACAGCUCUCAAGAAUGGGGAGAGCAUCACUUUUGAAGGCAGAGAGCUCUUUCCUGAAGAACUGUGCGCCCCUGGUGACCCUGGCCCAGUGUUCAUUGUGCUGGAGUGUCCCCACGAGGGCUUUGUGGAUGCUGUGUGUGACAACGAGACCUUCCGAAGGUACCAGGAGGGAAAUCCUGAGCAUCAGGUGGCCUUGGUUAUUCACAUGACUCCAGAGGCAGUGCUUCGAGACAGCCGCUACCAGCAGUGGCUGCAGAGAUUUGGACCCGGAACUCAGCACUUGGUGCUCAAUGGGAACUCCUCUGCCGUGCACAACCCACGCAGCUACAAGAUCCAAACUCAGCUCAACCUCAUCCACCCUGAGAUCUUCCCUCUGCUCAGCACCUACCAGAGCAAGGAAGAAGAGGCUGUGUGUAGCGUGCCCAUUGUACGAGGAGAAUGCCUCUUGAAAUACCACUUCAGACCCCAGCAGGAGUGGCAGAGAGAUGCUGUGACUGUCUGCGAUCACGACGCGUUUGUUAGUGAAGCUUUGGACCUCCCUGACUUCCAGGCCCGAGUGAAGGAGUGUAGAGAGAGCCUGGCUGCUGUUCCAGGAAAUAUGGGUGCUUAUCCUGAAAUUGUGUUCUUGGGAACAGGAUCUGCAAUUCCAAUGAAGAUCCGAAAUGUCAGUUCCACGCUGGUAAAUACCAGCUCUACCCACUCCCUGCUCUUGGACUGCGGAGAAGGAACCUUUGGACAGCUCUGUCGCCACUACGGAGAGCAAGUUGACCGGGUGCUGUGUAACAUAGCAGCUGUGUUUGUGUCUCACAUGCACACUGACCACCAUUCGGGGCUGCUGCACAUCCUGAUGGAGAGGCGGAAAGCUUUUGCAGCCCUUGGUCAGCCUUUCAGCCCCCUGUUUCUGGUAGCACCUGAACAGAUCAUGCCAUGGUUACACGAGUACCACAACCACUGUGAACUGAUUCUUGGAGACAUCAAGAUGAUUCCAUCCCAGUCCCUUGUGAAAGGCUGUGAGAACAUCAAGCCUAAAGCUAAAGAGUUUGUCAGCUCUCUGUUGCAAAGCUACGACUUGGCUGAGUUUCAGACUUGUGAAGUCCAGCACUGUAAAAAUGCUUUUGCAUGUGCAAUGAUCCACAAAUCUGGCUGGAAAGUAGUUUACUCUGGGGACACAAUGCCCUGCAUGGCCUUAGUACAAAUGGGUAAAAAUGCUACCCUGCUGAUCCAUGAAGCAACGCUGGAAGAUGGCAUGGAGAAAGAAGCUAUAGAGAAGACACACAGCACAACCUCGCAGGCAAUUCAGACUGGGAUGAAGAUGGGUGCAGAGUUCAUCAUGCUCAACCACUUCAGCCAGAGAUAUGCCAAGAUCCCGCUCUUCAGUGAAGACUUCAGUGAGAAAGUUGGAAUUGCAUUCGAUCAUAUGAGGGUACGCUUCAGUGACUUCCAGACCAUCCCGAAGCUGAUCCCACCUCUGAAGGCUUUGUUUGCAGAUGACAUAGUAGAAAUGGAGGAGAGAAAGGAGAAACGGGAGCUGCGGCUCCUGAAAGAGACUGCUCUAAUCCUGGAGAAGUUGAGUGCUGGGGAGAACAAGGAGGCACCGUGCCAGAAACGGAAACAAGUCAAGAACCAUCAGGAACUUCCAAACAAGAAGCUUAAAAGUGUAAACUGAAAGAGACAGGGGCUGGGGAUGCUCUGCAAGGAGAGGUCUUGCUCUGCGGGGCGCAGAGUGUGCAGCGCUGUGAGAGCCAUGGAACAGGGCUGGCCUCAGUGUCUGGCUUUGCUUGGUCGUGAGGGAUCUCUGUGGGCUGAAGCUGCUGAGCACGCCGUGAGCAGCACGAGGCCUUGUGGUGACAGUAUCUGCCCCUGCAGCUCCUGCCCUGGGUCUCACCAGUCCCGCUCUCAUUUUUCUUUUAGCCAGAAGUUGUUCUCUCUCAACUGUUUUAAUUUGGGUUUUAUGCUACAGGCUAUGAGUGAUGCAAGGGCAGCAGCCAGCCGUGUGCAGCUCAGCUUGGAGAAGCCCUGGAGGUGCCCUGGGUCCACUAGAGUGAGAUGGGAAGCUCUCAGGGCUGUGAGGAAUGUAACCAGGUAUUGGCACCCAGAGGUGUUUGUAUCAGCAUAGGAGGAAAUAUCACAAUAAAAUGGGACCCAAUUACUAUUUAGGUUAAAGUCAGGAUGCGAAUGCU